GGGAGCGCCGGCACCGGCUCGCCCCCCUAGUUCCGCCACUGGAAGUAGGCUCUUCAAAGAUCAAAGUGCCAGAGCCGAAGACCUUUGGUGGUGACCGCAAUGCCAAGGAGUUGGAGAACUUUCUGUGGGAUAUGGAAGAAAUACUUUAAAGCCGCAAAGGUGUCGGACGAAGAGAAAGUGAGAAUUGCACCCACGUACUUGUCUGGUGAUGCAAAGCUUUGGUGGCGGAGUAGAGUAAGGGACGACGCUAAUACGGGAAGACACGGGCUGGAGUCAUGGGAUGGACUCAAGAAGGAGUUGAAGGCUCAAUUACUUCCCCACAAUGUCUCUUGGAUGGGCAGAGAGGCCCUGAAGAACUUGAAACACACCACAUCGGUGAGGGAUUAUGUCAAGGCGUUCUCUUCGCUCAUGUUGGACAUUGAGAACAUGACGGAGGAGGACAAGCUGUUCAAUUUAGUGUCUGGACUGCAGCCAUGGGCCCAGAAAGAAUUGAGGAGGCAGACUGUGAAGGAUUUGCCGAGUGCCAUGGCAGCGGCCGAAGGACUCAUGGAUCACUCAUUGUCCGAUGGUUCCAAAGGGAACAAGGGCAAGGGAGAAUCAGGCAUUUCCGGUUCAAGGGGGACGCUGAAGUGUGACGACAUCAAUGCGGCAACGGAAGCGAGUGUGAUGGAACCAAAGUCCAAAGCUUGCUGGGGGUGUGGCGGUCAGCACUUGCAGCGGAACUGUCCCGAGAACCAAAAGUUGGCUGCCUUGAAGCAAGUGGAGUCCGAGGAGGAUUCUGCGUUGGUGACAGUGAAUCCCUUGCGUUUGGUCUGAUGGCACCGUGACCAGGGGCGUUGUGCGUGUGGACAGUGCGAGUGCCAAGAGGGGCGUGGACUUGGCAUAGGUUGCAGGCGUGGGACGUCGGGCAACUGUAGUGGCAUUACUUGGGUAUGGCAAAGCGUGCAUCCAGUUCGUUCUCGGCAGAGCGUGCCUCCAUCGGCACCUCCCUCAAGUCUAGCUCAAGGAUGGGUUUCGUUCAGCCGUUGAUUAUGGACGUGUAUGACAUUCAGCGGUUAACAAUUAGCGAAUAACGGGUUCAGGGGCGGAGUCAGGACACUGGGUCAGGCUGGGCCGGUACAAAGAUUAUUUUUGAAAAAAUAUUAAAGAAAUUUUGUACACUAAAAAUUUAGACAUUUUUAAAAUUUGGGCCGGGCGGGGGCCAAGGUUGGCCCUCUCAUAGCUACGCCCAUGCAUGUUCCAUUGCAUAAAAUGAUCUUUCUGUUGUUGCACUCAAUGUCUGAAAUUGCGCACCGCGG